AUGGAGAGAGGAGACCAAUUUCUUCAUCUCCCACCCGGGUUUAGAUUCCACCCGACUGAUGAAGAACUCAUUGAUUAUUUGUUCAGCAAAGUGAAACUACGUUCGAUUCCCGCUUCCCUAAUCGCAGAAAUCGAGCUAUACAGUUGCGACCCGUGGCAACUUCCCAUAAAGGCGUCAUUCGGGGAGGAUGAGAUGUUCUUUUUUAGCCCGAGGGAUAGGAAAUACCCGAAUGGAUCAAGGCCUAGAAGGUCGGCAGGGUCGGGUUUUUGGAAGGCUACAGGGAAAGAUAAGCCGAUUUUUGCUUCUUCAGGGUCAAGAAAGAUCGGGGUGAAGAAAGCGUUGGCUUUUUUUAUUGGAAAUCCGGCAAAGAACGUCAAGACUAGUUGGACCAUGACUGAAUAUAGGUUGCCCGAGUCAUCAAGCCGGUCAUCUAGGCAAAACGGAUCGAUGAGGUUAGAUGAUUGGGUGUUAUGUCGGAUACGUCAAAAAGGCAACAUGUCAAAGAACAAGUCAGAAGUAGAAAAAAAUCCAAAAAAUAAGCCGACAGAUGGUCGUCUUCUGACAACAUUACAGGAACUCCCUUCAUCGUACAUGGUUACAAAGGCCGACAUGGACUUGAUCUCGGAUCGUAGGCUCAAAGAUUUUCAAUUGAUGGCUUCAAUUCUUGCAGACCAAAAUCUUCCUCCCAUGAUCGAAAACUUCUCUGACGAACUAUUUCAAGGUACGAGAACCAGCAGCAGCAGCAGCAGCAGUAGCAACAACAACAACAACAAUGGUCUCGUCUAUGAAAACGGAGUGUUCUACAAAGAAAACAUUCCGUUUAUAUUGAACGAAAACAAUGUCGGAAACACAGAUGUGUUGUCGCGAGACAUGUUGACAUCCAAUGGUUCGUAUGAUGUUCUUGAUGCAAAUCAUUUGGAUGUUGUGACGAAGCUCUUCAAGGAUGGAACAUUUAAGCAAGGUUGAUUGGGGUUUGUUAAGCAUGUGAAGUUUUAAUAUUGUGCAAUAAAUCAAUGUCUAU